UCUCUCUCCUUUCAAUUCCCACCCUCUCUCCCUCACCCCGUCUCUCUCUCUCUCUCUCUCUCCAUCCCUCCGUCGCUGUGGAGAGAGAAGACAUUUGUUCUCACAGCUACUUGAGGAAAACUGGAAAAUAGCUGCUGCUGGAUGUUAACAUGCAGCGCUGCAUGCUUUAAAUAACACACACACACACAGCAGCCAUGCCAGGAAUACCUGCUGAAUAUCUGCUGCUGCUGCUGCUGCACAGGACGUGAUGGAUGCAGUCUCUACUGAUGGAAGCUGACACUGGUGACGGCGACGGAGGAUAAUAAUGAUGGAAGACGGAGUGAUUCGUCCCCAGCCGGUGCCACUGCAAUCCUCAACCGCCCCUCUGCGGCUCGGCACUGCUCCCUGAAGGAUACAUCGACCUUGACAUAUCGCGACGCACACAACAACCUGGCACACACCAAACUGAAAGGUUGCAUCCUUUUGCCAAGAACUGGAAGACAACGGAGACAAAGCUUUGGAGACCAGUCAGCACAAAUUCACUCCAUCUUACUGCAGUAACAAAUGAGCUUUUAUGUGUAAAGUUUGACUGCACUAACAGCUGACUCCAUACGGGCCAAUCACUGGCAGAACGGGACACGGGGGCCAAGAUGAAGAAGACAGCAGGUGUAGCUUGUUUGCUGGCUGAACUAUUUCUUGCUGCUUUCACUCUAGCCUCCGACGAGGCAUACCCUUGCCCUGCACUGUGUCGUUGUGAGAUACGACCAUGGUUCUCGCCCAGCUCUGUUUACACAGAGGCUGCCACGGUGGACUGUAAUGACUUAAGCCUCUCGGAGCUACCGGAGAGAUUCCCGUCAGGAACACAGGUUCUGCUGCUACAAACAAACAACAUUGUUAAUGUUGGCAAAACUUUGGAUUACUUGGUCAACAUCACUGAAAUUGACUUGUCGCAGAAUAACAUUUCCCUGGUGAACGAUGUUCGUCUGGGGUAUCUUCCCCAGCUGUUGUCGCUCCACGUAGAGGAGAACUGGAUUCAGGAACUUUUUGACAGCUGCCUGGCUUCUCUGCCAAACCUCCAGGAGUUCUACAUCAACCACAACCAGAUUUUGUCUAUCAGUCCCAGAGCCUUCCAGGGCCUGGGCAGACUUCUGAGGCUACAUCUCAAUUCCAAUCGACUAACUAGCAUCAACAGCUUGUGGUUUGAGCAUCUUCCAAACCUAGAGAUAUUGAUGCUGGGAGAAAAUCCCAUCCUUGAGCUGUCAGACAUUAACUUUAAACCGCUUUCUCACCUCAGGAGUCUUGUGCUCGCCAGGAUGAAUUUGACAGAUAUCCCUGACAAUACCCUGGUGGGUCUUGAGAACUUGGAGAGCAUCUCGUUUUUUGACAACAUGCUUAAUCGUGUUCCUCAAGCAGCGCUGAGGAGAGUCCAGAAUCUGAAAUUUUUGGAUUUGAAUAAAAACCCCAUUGAGAGGAUCCAGAGAGGUGACUUCAUAGACAUGAUGCACCUCAAGGAGCUUGGUAUCAACAGCAUGCCCAAGCUCAUAUCCAUUGAUGGUUUUGCCCUGAACAACCUGCCUGAGCUGACCAAAAUUGAAUCCACCAACAACCCUAGGUUGUCCUACAUCCACCCAAAGGCUUUCCACAGGCUCCCCAGGUUGGAGACCCUGAUGCUGAACAGCAACUCUCUGAGUGCGCUGCACUGCAGCACCGUGGAGUCCCUGCCCAACCUACGAGAGGUCAGUUUGCACAGCAACCCCAUCCGCUGUGACUGCGUCAUCCGCUGGAUUAACAUGAACAGGACAGCUGUUCGGUUCAUGGAACCAGACUCCUUGUUCUGUGUGGAGCCUCCGGAGUACCAAGGCCAGCAUGUCCGACAGGUUCACUUUCGGGAGAUGACAGAGAUCUGCCUUCCUCUAAUCUCACCUGUGAGCCUCCCAGCUAGAGUCGAGGUCAGUAAAGGGAGCUCGGUGUCUCUUCACUGCCGGGCAUUUGGGGAACCAGAGCCAGAGAUCUACUGGGUGACGCCGGCAGGUGACCGGGUUUUGCCGGGCAGCAUUUCCGAUAAGUACUACAUGCACCCAGAGGGAACUUUUGACAUCUACGAUUCUUCGGAGCAGGAAGCUGGCUUGUAUACCUGUGUUGCCCAUAAUGUUGUUGGAGCAGACCUCAAAUCUGUGACAGUUGUUGUGGAUGGAUACUUUUCCCUGCCUUCAAGCCAACCUGCACAUAUGUAUAUCAUAUCAGUCGAGUCUCACUCCGUGAUGGUUUCCUGGGAAAGCACGGGUGGUUUGGUGUCGCAGUUAAACUGGUCCAUAUUAGCCGAGGACAGCAACCUCUCGAUGCCAUUCACAGCCAGGCUUCCUGCUGAUGUCAAGGAGUACGACAUCAAGCAGCUGAAACCUGCCACUCGCUACCAGGUUUGCAUCGAGGUCGCUGGAUCCAGCAGGGACUGUGUUAACGUGACCACAAAGAAGGAAACCAUCCAGGGGGAGAAAGCUGAAAACUGGGACAGUCUGUUGAUGGCUACGUGUGCUGUAGCUUCUGUCGUGGUUGCCGUGGCUUGCUCUGUCAUGUAUAAAUCUCUGAACAGCCAAGUGUUUUACAGGAAACUGAUAGUGGACCCAGGUGAAAGGCUGCUGAUACCCAGCACUCCUUCCCUCUCCUCCUCUUCUUUCCUGGAGUUCAGUGUGUCUGGGGUCAAAGUGAGGGCAACCGUAAUAGACUUACCGGACGACUCCAUGUAAGGAACCAUCCUCUCUUUGAAAAGCUCUCGGGGAUUAUAUGCAGACAAAGAGUGACGGACACUGGGACGCGCUCACAUAACCGGCCAAACACAGAGACAAUUUUCUAUUUCAGACUUGUGUCAUUAGAUUGAGCUUGAGCAGACAGAUGUGUUGACUAUAAUCUACAUGACUUUUGGUCAUUCAUGCAGUGUGACAAGAAUCAAGCACAGCACAGAACUAUUCUAUCAUGAAAAUCCGUGUUGAGAUGGCUUUGGUGUCUUUCUUUGCCGUGUUACAUUUAACGGUGCCAAGUGAAGAUAGUUUAUAAAAGUAGGGAAAACAACCAUGUUAGUCUAGUGUAAAAUAAAACUGACUAUAAUGUAAACAGUUUUAUGAACAAAUCCAUUUUUCAUUAAA